AUGGACCCCGAGUCAGAGGAAUACGCCACCCACGACCUACCAACCGCCACUUCACCGGAGCCACCCCGCCGGUCGAUCUGUUCCAACUGCCGGAGACCAAAUCCGGUGUGUCUCUGCCACGCGCUUCCCGUGCACCCAAUCCAAACCACAACACGAGUCCUAAUCCUCCAGCACCCGCACGAGGCGCACCACAAGCUUUCCACCACUCCAAUCCUCACCAAAACCCUCCUCCACGCCACCGCCGUCACCGGACGCCGCCUCCGCCCCGGCAUCUCCUCCUUGCUGGACCAGUCUCCCCCCGCCGCCGUCUACUACCUCUUUCCGGCGACGUCCUCCUCGCCGGCCGUCAACAUCUCCGACCUCAAGCACGAGAAACCCUCAGUGUUGAUCGCUUUUGACGGGACGUGGAAGCACGCGAGGGAGAUGGUGAAGGCGAGCGAGGAAUUCCUCUCGAAGUUUGCGAUUAGGGUUAGUUUGGGGGUGGAUGAGAAAGUGAGUGGCGGAAGCAUUUACGAUUCUGAUUUGGUUUUGAGGAAGGAACCUUUUUCUGGAUGUGUGAGUACUAUGGAGGCUGUGGCCAGAGCCUUGGGUGUUCUUGAGCCCAACGGGUUCGAUAUUGAAGGCACAUUGAUUAAGAUUUUGAAGGAAAUGGUUAGGUUACAGGCUGGGUUUUUGAAGCCCAUGAAGCCCAGGCCCAAAUUGUUAAAGAAGGUUAAGGAAAAGGAAAAGGAAAAGGAGUGAGACAUGUGAAUGCAAAAUGGUUAGUGGUUUCUUUUGCGGAAUUCAAUUGCUUCUGUCUCAAGCACAGCAUGAGGAUUUGUAGUUUUAUCAUUGUGUUGUGGUGAGCAAAUUUUAUUUGUUGUGGUUUUAUUUUUAGAAUUAACUCUAUGGGAAAAAUGUGUGUCAUUUUAAAGGAUGUAAAGUUGUGUCAUUUUAAGAAAGAGAAAGAGAUAGAUAAAGGAGGAGAGAGAGUUGACAAAAAAAA